AACAUCCAAUUUUAGCAUCAAAAUUUGUCUUCCGUCUGCUUUAAAACCCUAAUUAUUAGAUAAGUAGAUUUGAAUUGAGAUUCAUUGGAACCCUGUUCUUAAAAUUUGUCUUGCUCCGGUGUGCUUGUGUUUUGUUACAGAGAAUGUAUUAUCCCAUACCUUAAUUCUACUUUCUAAUAACAAUUAGGGAGAGCAAUGGAAUAGGAAAGGAUGCCCAGGGGAAUUUAAACCAGUGCUAGUUAGGUGAAGAAGAGAGCGGCAGUUAAUACUAAUUUAUGUAUAUUCUUAACUAGAUAACAGGACAAGAAUGACUACCCUGUUCAAACACAAACUGAUUACAGUUAAACUAAGCAUCACCUUCGUUAAGAAAUGACGAUGGUUCAAUCAUUAUCAGCAAUGUAGCAUCAACCUGAGAGUAUAUAUCACGACAAAUAAUAUAUGCAUUGGUCAUGAAUCAUGAUGGGGAGGGUAUUGUGUAACCAGCAAUUUUUAGUACUUGAGAGGAAGUCCAACUGGUGACUGAAGUCUUAGUGUUAUAUUGUUAAUUAGCAGGAGUCAGGACCCUUCUUUUUUUCCUGAAUGUAAAAAUCCUAAUACAUGAUGUAUCCUUUUUUGACAGUCUUAUUUUUCUUCUCUUUAAUGUUCUCUAGUUUGAGCUUUUUCUCGGCAUCUGUUUUGCUUUUAAGACCAUGGAUUUGACAAAAGGGAAGUUACUGAAGGGACAGAACAGCAUAAGUGGGGCAGAAGAAGAUGGGAUCAGUUUAUUACCUGACUCACUUUUUCAUCAUAUCCUUGCCUUUCUUGAUAUCAAGUGUGUUGCUCGUACUAGCUUACUAUCUAAGCAUUGGAGUCACAUUUGGACCUCUAUUCCUACCCUUGAUUUUCAAUUCUCUGACUUGGACAAUUCUUCAGAGACCAUUACUGAUAUAUGGAUUUCUUAGAUAGAACGUUGCUUCUUCACAAUUUCUCAAAGAUUCUCUCCACUGGUUUCGGAGUUCGAAUCAUUUGAAUGCUUGUUAGAUUAAUUCAUGGAUCUCUGCUGUCACAAAGCAUAAAGUUGAAUGUUUCCCAGUUCUAUUCCUCUAUCUCUUUUUACUGUUUUUUCCCAGGAAAAUUAUGCAUCCUCCUUUGACCUUGCAUAGGCACCCAAUGUGCACGGAGAUAAUCGAAGAAUUCCAAAAAUGUCACAUAGAACAUCCUUAUGCGAAAUUCUUUGGCGAGUGUACAGAUUUGAAGAUUAAACUUGAUCGUUGUUUCCGUCAAGAAAAAGCUGUGAAGCGAAAAGCAAAUUUUGAAGAGAGUAAAAAGUUGAAGGAGAGGUUGCAAGCUUACAGAAAAGAAACCGCCUAAGCAGAGCAAUGACCGAAAUCAUAGACAGAAGAGAAGACUGUUAGGUUUGUUUGAAUUUUUCACGAAAUGAAGUUCAAGUUUCACAGUGACGAGCACAACCUUUAUCCAAAGUCUUCCCUACAGGAGAGCUAGUCUAUACGUAUCUACAACUUGAUAGAUGAAUAUAGAUUUAAAUUGAACUAGAAGACGUAAAUUUAUACUGCAGUUAUUUUGUUACCAGAGAUUAUAGCGUUAUAGAGUUGUUUGAUUGUCCUCCUACAGACACUAUUGUCGUAACUUGGACAGAACAAAUACUAGUACUGGCUGGCUGUAUUGCUUUCUUCCCCUGGGAUAAGCGGGCAUUAACUAUGAAAAAUGAGAUUUCUUUUUGCUAAAGAGAUUUUCUAUCUUAAA